AAAAGCAAAAAGUUUCUUUAUUUAUUUGAUAAUUAUUCGUUACGCGGUAAUUAACGCGAUGCAAGUGCAGCAGGAACGUGGUAAUGAGAGUUUUUGCCACUGAGCUGCGCGUGUCGGCCGUCCAGAAAGUGCAGAAAUCGCGUGAAGUGCGCGAAAUCCGUCCAAGAGCAGAAAAGUGCCAAGAAUAGCUGCGAUGGAAACAGCGAUGGAUGUGGUGUGUGUAAUGGAUACGGCGGUGGGCGACCAUCUGGAGGACCGCCAGUGUGCGCUGGAGGAGAUCAAGCAGGCAGUGCAGUCGGCGGGCGCCAACUUUCAGCGGGUUCAGUUCGAGCGCCUGGACUUCGGCGAGACGAAUGUGCUGGAGACGUUUUACAACGCCGAUGUGGCCAUUAUCGACCUGAGCAUUCUCACCCAGCAGCGGCCGCUUUCCUAUCACUACGGCGUUAGGGAGAGCUUCGGGAUGAAGGAGAACAUCCUCACCUACAACGACAUCGAUUCCAAGCAGACGCUCAGUCUCAAGGUGCGUUCGGAAGUGUUUACCUGGCCGGGCGUGCCUGGCAAACAUCUGCGUUCGUGAUCGGGAAUCCGCUUCCGAUAAGAUAAAUGCUAUGACCAGCAACUGCGUGGACUCCUGGACUAGUUGUUCUUGCUGAUCUUUCUACAGUCGAGCUUCCACAACGCGAACUGAGUUUAUAACAAGUCUCUAACCUAGGUGCUUAGACACCUCUUUCUGGAAAAUGACUAAAAAUUAUUCUAUCUACUAGUCUUCCUUUAGCAAAUUGCAAAAGAAACCGAAAAACUUCCUCUUUCCAGAGGUUAAUAACUAAAACCUCUUUCCCAUAUGGCAGCCAAUAAUUUGAACUAUGGAAGUUCGACUGUAUUUCCGUCGAAUCGUUUUCGUUAUUUUUGUUUUGGCUGCGGCCAUAAAGCAACAAAAGCAUUGGCCCAGCAAUAACAAUAACAAAUGCGAGCACGCCCACGCAAACACUCAAAGAGGCACGCACACACUAACAGCACGGUGUACACCAACGCAGCGUGGCCUGCAUUCACAGUGGCGGUCAUUAAAUUAGGUACACUCUACUCCCCUUGCAGCUCUCGUGUGCCAACUACCUGUUUCUCAGCUACAAGCGGAAUGCGGAGACCAAUUCCUGCCACCUGACCAGCCAGCCCAACAGCGGCAACAACAGCAAGGAACCCAAUGCCGAAGGACGAGUGCCCACUUUGCAGUGGCGCCUCAAGCGAAAGCUGCAAGAUGUUGAGAUCCAGUCGAAAGCCCACAUGCGUGAGAAAUUUCUGAGUGACAUGCGAACGGCGCGGGACACGUACGCCACCAACGGCGCCAAGCUGCAGAGUAUAUUGCACGAGAUGCGAAAGCGGCUGGACGAUCCGCAUGUCCUGUCUGGCGAAGUGGUACACAGUUUCAUGUGCUCGCUGAGGGAUGUGCAGGACUACGAUGCCAUGGUGCGACUGGUCAAUGACCUGAAGAACAUACCCAACACCCGGAAGUACGUGGAGACGGGCAACAUGAGUUUCCUGUACGCCUUCGCCCUGAACCGAAGAAAUCGAAAGGGAGACCGUGAAAAGGCUCUGGAAUCUUCGCUGAAGGCGCUGGAAAAGAAGGAGAACCACUUUCCGGACAUGCUCUGCCUGUGCGGCCGCAUCUACAAGGACAUCUUUGUGGAAUCCGACUACACGGACGCCACCAGUUUGGCGCACGCCAUCAAGUGGUACCGCCAAAGCUUUGAGGUGCAGCCGAAUGAGUAUGCAGGCAUCAAUCUGGCUACUCUGCUGGUUAUCGAGGGCAAGGAGUUUACCAAUACGGAGGAGUUGCAGCACAUCGGCAUGACCUUAAACAAUUUAAUCGGUAAAAAGGGCAGCCUAUCCUCGCUGAGUGAGUAUUGGGAUGUGGCCACCUUCUUUGAGAUCUCCGUUUUGGCCAACGACUACGCCAAGGCGAUUCAAGCUGCCGAGUGCAUGUUCAAGCUAAAGCCACCCAACUGGUAUCUGAAGUCGACCAUCGGAAAUAUCUCUCUUAUACAUCGAUUUCGAAAGAAGCCCGAGGAACGCCAGCCGCCCAUCGAGGAGCAGGUGUUCCAGUUCUGGAUGGACUUCUUUCUGGAGGCCACCAACACCGAGGAGGUUAAGAACAGCAUUCGCUUUCCGAUUCUGAUCCUCGAGCCUCAGAAGAUUUAUAUGCCCAGUUAUGUGACUAUAAACAUGGAUGCGGAUGAGAAGUCCAUUCAGAUUGUGAACAUCUGUUUGGCUCACGCAAAGAAUGCGUGUAAGAAAAUCCACGACUUCCUUUUCGUGGCAUCGAAGAUCAAGUCCGUCAGCCUUUACAAGAGGGAUGAUCGUUGUGCCUACUUGUACGUCCAUCACAACUCAGAUGAUUUUCAAAUAUAUUUUCCCUCCACUGAACGACGACAAAAGUUCUACGAUAUGAUCCUGGAGAUGACUGCAGAUCAGGUGGUGUUUGUCAAUCUCAGCAAUGAUGACGCUAAUAUCGAGUACGAGUACGACUACGAUGAGCAGAAUCGCAAAAUGGUGCUGGGCAAAGGUACUUAUGGCACCGUGUACGCCGCCAGGGACAAGCAGACGCAGGUGCGAAUCGCCAUUAAGGAGGUGCCGGAAAAGAACUCGCAGGAUGUGCAGCCACUGCACGAGGAGAUUAAGUUACACUCUCAGCUGCGACAUCGCAACAUAGUUCGCUAUUUGGGAUCGUGCUCGGAGAACGGCUUCUUCAAGAUCUUCAUGGAGCAGGUGCCGGGAGGAUCGCUUUCCGACCUCUUAGAGACCAAAUGGGGUCCGCUCAAGGACAACGAGUCCACCAUGGCCUUCUACUCCAAGCAGAUCCUCGAGGGGCUGAAGUACCUUCACGAGCAGGACAUUGUUCAUCGCGAUAUAAAGGGUGACAACGUGCUGGUUAACACGUAUAGCGGCGUGGUUAAGAUCUCCGAUUUCGGCACCUCCAAGCGGCUGGCCCGCAUCAACCCGAUGACGGAGACCUUUACGGGCACCUUGCAGUACAUGGCGCCGGAGGUGAUUGACCAGGGAGUACGCGGCUAUGGCCCGGCGGCUGACAUCUGGUCCUUUGGAUGCACAAACGUUGAGAUGGCUACGGGCAAACCACCGUUUAUCGAGCUGGGUAGCGCCCAUGCGGCCAUGUUCAAGGUGGGCUUUUACAAGAAGCAUCCGAACAUACCCGAGGAGCUGUCCGCCAACGCAAAGAACUUUAUUUUGCGUUGCUUUGCCAUCAGCGUGAUGGACCGACCCUCCGCCUCGCAACUUCUGGAAGAUCCCUUCCUACAAGAUAAACCCCGCAAGGUGCGCCCAGCCCUGCCCAUCAAUACUGAGUUCGGACGCAGCAUUUCGGUGCCGGCUGAUCGGUUUGUGCACAAAACCACACCGCCGCUGAGCUACAACACAACCUGCAAUACGCCCACAACGCCGGAAUUGGACAUAACGCAUUCAUCCUCGGUGGACAUUGACGAGCUGCCCAGCAACCAGUUUAUGCUUGAACGGCGAAAUUCCCAUGGAUUUUUGCUCUCGCCAGAGAUUGAACCUUCCACGCCGUCCUUGCGUACGAGCAUUAGUGAGACGAGCGAGACUGACGGUUUUUACAGGCUUAAAAAGGAUUCGCAGAGGCGGACAACGCUUUCCAAGGUGCUGGCACUAGACGAAUCCAAGAUCUGCGAUAUUUGGCUGAAGAAGGUCGACGCUGAUCAGAACUCGAUUGCGAUUAGGAAAAGCGAUUUGGAGGUUCUAAUCCGAGGACUGCGGGACUACAUUAUGAACGAAAACGAAAAGCAUUUGGAAGCGACUAUCAACGAACUGAAACAAAAGCUGAACAACGACGCAGUUGCUCUGGACCAUCUUCAUUUGGCGCUGUACUCCUUUCAGGACGCCGUGGUCUGCGUACUGCGGUACCAUUGCAUCAAACCCCAUUGGAUGUUCGCAUUGGAUAAUCUGGUUAAGCGGGCCGUCCAGGCGGCGGUCACUAUUUUCUCUCCUGAACUGGGCGCCAAUCUGGCGGACAAAGACCUGUCUGGAAAUGAUGAUGAGAGCUUGCGUACAAGUCUAAUGCAGAAGGGUUCCACCGAGAGCCAGGAAAAGCAGAGCCUGGAAAAAGUUCUUCCCACGAGCAACACUCGCGAAGGUGUGGGAUUAACGCCUGCGGAAUCGGGCGGGGAUGCUCUGUCCAGUUCGAUGGAGUGCGCGCGCAUCCUGAGAGACAUCCGUGACAAUCAGCAGAAGCUGCAACGCCAGCUCCUUGAGCAGCAGCGGCAGAGCAUGAGGGCCCUGCAUAAUAUCAGUCAGGAGCUGGCUCACAUUUACAUGGGCGGCAGAAAGAGAUUAAGACGCACAAUAAACGGCUUUAACAAAAAGUGCCAUAGAAUGAGUACCAGUGUGGGCGGAACGUCCGGAGUCCGUCCGAAUAUAGCGGGCAAUCCCCGGAGGCAGCUAAACAAGCAUCACUUUGGUCUUCACGAAGUAGACGAGCAGUUGGAGCAGUGGUUGACCCAGCAGGAAAUAGACGAGUUCUCAAAGACGCUCAUCCUGAAUGAAGGUUUUACAUUUGACGACUUUAUCUAUAACAUGGAAAAGCUGGACCUCAUGAGGCUGGGUCUGCGCGUUGGCAUCGAAGUGCGUUUGUGGAAACUCAUUAUACAAGAACGUGUGUGCACCUCGUCCGAUUGUGUGGACAGUCCACCAAGCACUUACCACAAACCCAUUGGAGGCAAUAGCUCUUUUGCGCUUAUUGACAACAACAAUACGCUACCAUCACCCACAACCACAACUCCCGGAACGCCGGGCAUCAAAACGAAAAUCAAGAAAAGCGAAAGCGAGUACGAUUCGUGCAGCGAGUGACUGGAGUUGAAAGCUUUCUGAGUUGUGCCUUUACAGAUACUACUGAUUAAUUGUUAAUGUUCUCCAUGUGCUACUAACCGCUGCGAGGCUCAGCUCAAUGAGUCUCCAGCAGCCCUGGGUUAAGUUCUCCCAUGCUGACUCAUGUCUUUUCAACUUUGAGUUCGAAAAGGCGUUGUCUGUGUGUCCAGUUUUAACGAUUGCAUGUUAACUUAUAAAAAUGGAAUUUACAUAAGUGCCUUUAAUUUAAAAAAAAAAGAAAACAAAAACUGAAAUAGAUAAUAUAUUGUGAAGUGCUUUGC